GGUGAAUAUAGCUAACUGCAUUCAUGGCACCAGCGGAUAAACAAUAGCCAGAAAAGUGUCUAGCUAUAUAGCUAUAGCCAUAGAUUUUUUGUAACAGAGUAGCAUUUGUACAAGAUGCAAGACUGUUUAAUUUAGAUCUGACAUAGACCAGUUUAAUACCCCUCUACCAUAAAUUCUACCUGUGACCUGCUGGAACAUCGCUCUUGUAGCUGCAGCGCUAUUAUAUAGUCAUUUACACCAUACUGUACAAAAUGGCCAUGGGUUUAUACAAGAUCGCUUUUAUUGCUUUUGUUUUAUCCCUACUGUCACCUGAACUGCAAAUUGUGAAUGCCCAAGACUAUCUAGCUUUUGCGAAUCGUCAAUUUAUCCAUCGAUUGGAACUGGGCACCUACAGUUUGAGCACUCUCUACACUGACAAUAGUGGGAACUUUAUCGCUUUUGACUACGACUACAGGCGUAAUCUCCAGUAUUGGACGGAUGUUACCUCUGGUCCGACUGGUAGUAUCUACAAGACCAACCUGGACGGUGGAGGAUUCACUACUGUUAUCAGUGUAUCGCUAGAUGUACCAGAUGGUUUGGCAAUUGACUGGCUGACAAACAAGCUGUACUGGUCUGAGGCCACCCCAGAAACCAUCUCAGUGCUUGAUCUGGACAGUGGACACCGUCUCACACUCUUCACUCUGCCAGAGUCCAGUAUACCUAGAGGGAUAGCACUAGAUCCAGCUAAUGGCUACAUGUUCUGGACUGAUUGGGGUAGUCCUGGUAAAGUGGAGAGGGCGUACAUGGAUGGUACCGGUAGGAUCACUAUUGCAGACACUAAUCUGGUGUGGCCCAAUGACAUCACCAUUGACUAUGAGUCCCAGACCCUCUACUGGGUUGAUGCUAGUCUUGAUAAAGUUGAGAGUGCUGGAUAUGAUGGAUCCAAUAGACAGCUGCUGGUAUCUAGUGGACCGGGUGUGUAUCAUCCCUUCUCAAUCACCUUCUAUGAUGGGACACUCUACUGGACAGACUGGCAGGAUUUGGUCGUCACAGCAAAUUCUCUUGAGUCCAACACGCUCAGCAUUGUAUUCAGUGGACUCAGUACACAACCAACGGGCAUCGAGGCGAUCUCUGCUAGUAGGCAGGAAAUCGUUUCUACUCCAUGUGACACUGCCAAUGGUAACUGUGAGCAGCUGUGCCUGCUCGGUGCUGGUAGGACAGCCACGUGCGCGUGUGUGGAGGAAUACACCCUAGCCAGUGAUGGAAGGACCUGCGAGACUCCAGCCUAUUUGGGAUUUGCUAAUCGCUAUUUCAUUCAUCGACUGGAUCUCAGCACUUUCAGCCUGCAAACGCUCGUCACUGGUUUGAAUAACAACUACAUUGCCUUUGACUAUGACUACAGGCGUAAGUACCAGUACUGGACUGAAACCUACUCCACACCCAUAAGUAGUAUUUAUAGGAGCAAUCUACAAGGAGAAGAUGUUCAUCUUAUCAUUAGCGGCUCACUAGAUGUGCCAGAUGGUUUGGCGAUUGACUGGCUGACAAACAAGCUGUACUGGACUGAGGCCACCCCAGAAACCAUCUCAGUGCUUGAUCUGGACAGUGGACAUCGUCUCAUACUCUUCAAUCUGCCGGAGUCCAGUAUACCUAGAGGAAUAGCACUCGACCCAGCUAAUGGCUAUAUGUUCUGGACUGAUUGGGGUAGUCCUGGUAAAGUGGAGAGGGCGUACAUGGAUGGUACUGGUAGGAUCACUAUUGCAGACACUAAUCUGGUGUGGCCCAAUGACAUCACCAUUGACUAUGAGUCCCAGACCCUCUACUGGAUUGAUGCUAAUCUUGACAACGUUGAGAGUGCUGGAUACGAUGGAUCUAAUAGACAACUCCUGGUGUCCUCUGGUGUGUUCCACCCGUUCUCAAUCACCUUUUUCGAUGGCACCCUCUACUGGACAGACUGGCAGGUGGAUGCUGUGUAUGCCAUGGCUGUGGGGACCAACAUACCUAGUAUUGUCUUCAGUGGACUCACUACAGAACCAAUGGGCAUUGAGGCAAUAUCUCCAAACAGACAAGAAAUUGUUUCUACUCCAUGUGAUACUGCUAAUGGUAACUGUGAGCAGCUGUGCCUGCUUGGCGCUGGUAGGACAGCCACGUGUGCGUGUGUGAAUGGAUACACUCUAACCAGCAAUGGAAGGACCUGUACUGCAGUUCAAGAUUAUCUUGUGUUUGCAAAUCGUCAAUUCAUCCAACGUUUGGAACUGGGCACCUACAGUUUGAGAACUCUCUACACUGACGUUACCAGAAACUUUAUCGCAUUUGACUAUGACUACAGGCGUGAUUUCCUGUAUUGGACUGAUGUAGGCUCUGGGAGUAUUUUCAAGAGCAAUCUAGAGGGAGGGAGAGUGACCUCAGUCAUAAGUGGAUCUCUGCAAGUGCCAGAUGGUUUGGCGAUUGACUGGAUCACAAACAAGCUGUACUGGACUGAGGCCACCCCAGACACUAUCUCAGUGCUUGAUCUGGACAGUGGACAUCGCCUCACACUCUUCACUCUGUCAUCAUCUAGUGUACCUAGAGGGAUAGCACUCGACCCAGCUAAUGGCUAUAUGUUCUGGACUGAUUGGGGUAGUCCUGGUAAAGUGGAGAGGGCGUACAUGGAUGGUACCGGUAGGACCACUAUUGCAGACACUAAUCUGGUGUGGCCCAAUGACAUCACCAUUGACUAUGAGUCCCAGACCCUCUACUGGCUUGAUGCUAGUCUUGAUAAAGUUGAGAGUGCUGGAUACGACGGAUCCAAUAGACAGCUGCUGAUAUCCUCUGGUGUACUUCACCCGUUCUCAAUCACCUUCCACGAGAAUGCUCUCUAUUGGACUGACUGGCAGUCUGAUGCAGUGUAUAUGAAGACCACUGACUCCAGUACUGCAAGUAUUGUGUACAAUCGCCUUGGCACGGAGCCAAUGGGGAUUGAGGCUGUCUCCACAAGUAGACAAAGACUCGUUUCGAAUCCAUGUGACGCUGCCAAUGGUAACUGUGAUCAGCUGUGUCUGCUUAGUGCUGGUAGGGCAGCCUCCUGCCGCUGUGUGGAGGGAUACACUCUGGAUAGUAAUGGAAGAACUUGCAAUGUUAUCACUACCGUGACACCUCCUUCCCCUACAACUCCAAUUCAAUAUGGCUCAUGCCGCAAUGCUGGGUUCACUGACUGCUGUCUAGGGGGAGACUGCCAGGGCUUGCCCAGAAGCUGUUUCUGUGACAUCUCCUGUGUCAUCCUACAGGACUGCUGUGAAGACUUCUUCCUCAUCUGCACAGCAUACACCUGCUCUUCGCUGCUUUCUAUUCCCAAUGGAGCCAUCACUUAUAGCCAGGAGAGCACGUCCAAUCGCUAUGAUAUUGGAACUACUGCCACCUACUCUUGUAGUGGUAGGUUUUACUUGAGUGGGGGCUCCACUAGGAGCUGUACUAGGUCUGGAACAAUGGGCAUUUGGGAUGGAUCAGCAUCUCAAUGUUUAGCAAUUACAUGCUCGACUCUGAAUGCUCCUGCUAAUGGACUUGUCUCCUACGACCCUGAUUUGACUGCUCCAUACGAGUUUGGUACAACUGCUACAUACAUCUGUACCACUGGCUUUGGACUGUUUGGUGGAAGUAGGACAAGAGAGUGUGUAGUGUCUAGUUUGGGAGGCGGGGGAUGGAGUGGAACCACUCCCACUUGCGGAAGCAUCACCUGCCCCAACUUGUCACCCCCAAGCAAUGGUCAAGUGGCUUUCAUUGCUGGACCACCCUUCAUUUAUGGCACAAUAGCCACAUACUCUUGUAAUGAGGGUUACACAAUCAGUGUAAACAUACCUCGAACAUGUGGAGGAGAAGGCUUAAGCACUAGCGGAGUGUGGAGUGGAGAGGCUCCAUCUUGUACAGCCAUUUCUUGCCCUGAUCUGAUUUUUCCGACCAAUGGGCUGAUUGCUUUCUCUUCUACGCCACCUUACUCGUUUGGGACGGUGGCUACCUACAGCUGUGUGAGUGGCUUUGGACUGAGUGGGGGAGGGCGAACAAGAACAUGUGGAGGAGAUGGUUCCAGUCAGGGAGUAUGGAGUGGGCCACCUGUCAACUGUGGAGCCAUUACUUGCCCUUCAUUGGGUCUGAGUAACAAUGGAGUCAUAGAGUACAGUCCAACCACCACAAGCCCCUCUGAUUUUGGGACAACGGCCACCUACACAUGCAACGAAGGAUUCUUUUUGGAAGGAGAAAGUAUAUUAACUUGUGGUGGGGAUGGUCUCAGUGUGAACGGAGUAUGGAGUGACCCAGCCCCAGUUUGUGCUGCUGUCAUGUGCCUUGUAUUGCUCUAUCCUGAUAACGGUGUGAUAACGUAUUCCGAGGACUCCAUUCCUGCUGCUGGAUUCAUGGAGACGGCUACGUACAGCUGCAACCCUGGCUUUGGGCUGUCCGGGGGAGACACUGUGAGGACCUGUGUUGGUGCAGCUGGAAGCUCUGGCGAGUGGACCGGAACUGCACCCACUUGUCAAGCUAUUACUUGCUCUGCUCUCUCUCCUCCCACCGAUGGAAGAAUUAGUUUCUCUACGGAUACCACUCCCCCUCAUGUCUUUGGGACGGUGGCUACGUUCACUUGUGCUGCUGGUUUUGCCCUGAGGGGAGACACCACAAGAAUGUGUGAGGGAGAUGGGACAACUACUAGUGGAGUGUGGAGUGGGUCAUCUCCAACUUGUAGUGCAUACAUGUGUAGUUCACUGCCUCAAAUCUCCAAUGGAUUGAUCAGUUACAGCCCUGACAGUUCAAGUCCAUUUGAUUACGGGACUAUAGCCACAUACUCUUGUAAUGGUGGCUUCUACCUCAUGGAGUUGUCAAUGAGAAGUUGCAGUGGGUCAGGCUCACUUGUACAAGGUUACUGGUUGGGACAAGAACCAGAAUGUGCAGCUAUUGUGUGUACCAGUCUGGCUCCUCUAAAUAAUGGAUUACUUUCUUAUGGACCAGACACAGCUUCUCCAUAUGACUAUCAAACAACUGCUACCUACAGCUGUAAUGAAGGAUACGGACUGUUUGGUGGGGAUAGGGCUAGACAGUGUGAUAGUUCAAGUCCAGGGGAUGGAGGGUGGAGUGGAACUACUCCCACUUGUGAAACCGUUAUUUGUCCUAGCUUAUCUCCUCCUACCAAUGGACGAGUUACAUUUUCCUCUGCUUCACCUUAUUCAUCUGGUACUAUGGCUUCCUUCUCUUGCAAUGAAGGCUACGGGCUGAGUGACGGAGACGGGAUGCUAACUUGUGGAGGAGAUGAUUCUAGUCCAAACGGUGCCUGGAGUAGAGUGGUUCCUAUUUGUGAAGCUAUCACCUGUACUGCUCUGAUACUUCCGACCAAUGGGAUGAUUGCUUUCUCUUCUACACCACCUUACUCGUUUGGGGUGGUGGCUACCUACAGCUGUGUGAGUGGCUUUGGACUGAGUGAGGGAGAGACAACAAGAACAUGUGGAGGAGAUGGUUCCAGUCAGAUUGGAGUAUGGAGUGGGCCAGUUGUCAGCUGUGGACCCAUCACUUGCCCUUCAUUGAGUCCAAUCAACAAUGGAGUCAUAGCGUACAGUCCAAUCGCCACAAGCUCUAUCGACUUUGGAGGAACGGCUACCUAUACGUGCAAUGAGGGAUUCUACCUUACAGGAAGUACUGCUCAAACAUGUGGUGGAGAUGGGUCAAGCGUGGGUGGAUCUUGGAGUGAUUCACCUCCAGUCUGUGCAGCUAUAAUGUGCCCUGUGCUGACCUACCCUGAGAACAGUGUGAUAAUGUACUCUGAGGACUCUAGCUCCUCCCUUGAUUUUAUGGAGACGGCUACGUACAGCUGCAACCCUGGCUUUGGGCUGUCCGGGGGAGACACUGUGAGGACCUGUGUUGGUGCAGCUGGAAGCUCUGGCGAGUGGACCGGGGUUGCACCCACUUGUCAAGCCAUCACUUGCCCUCCCCUCUCUCCUCCUUCAAGUGGUAAAGUUAGCUACUCCACUGACUUAGGGUCUGACACAGAUUCCAGUUACAGCUAUGAAACAGUAGCUACUUUCACUUGCAUUACUGGGUAUGGAGUGAGUGGAGAUACCACAAUAACCUGUCUAGGAGAUGGAGCUACUCCAAAUGGAGUAUGGAAUGGGUUUUCUCCAAUCUGCCUUGCUUAUACCUGUACAAUGCUGCCGCCAUUUCCCAAUGGAGUGAUCACGUACGACCCUGAUAGAUCAAAUCCAUUUCAAUUUGGCACGACUGCCUCCUUCUUCUGCAACGAGGGGUUCUACGUGAGCGGUCAUAGCUCUAUUAGAAUUUGUAAUGGAUCUGGAGCCACCAGUUUCUGGGAGGGAGAACAACCAGUAUGCAUCGCUACUGUGUGCACCAGCUUGGCUCCUCCAACUAAUGGAUUUAUUUCAUUUGGACCGGAUACAACUUCUCCGUAUGACUAUCAAACAACUGCUACCUACGUCUGUAUUGAAGGAUACGGACUAUUUGGUGGAGAUAGGACUAGACAGUGUAUUUCAGGAAGUGCUAACAUUGAACAGUGGUCUGGGAUUGCUCCAAUGUGUGAAACCAUCACUUGCCCCUCCCAGUCCCCACCUAUCAAUGGACGAGUUGGCUUCUCCACUGACUUUCUCCUAACUCACGGUACAAUGGCUACCUUCUCUUGUGAUGUGGGCUACGGACUGAGUGGGGGGGAUAUGAUGACAACAUGUGGAGGGGAUGGCUCUGAUCCAUUUGGUACUUGGAUUGGAGCAGUCCCAGCAUGCGAACCAAUCACCUGCUCACCCCUGAGCUCUGUCACUAACGGAAACAUAGUGUAUAGCCGUGACACUACAACCACCUUUACCUUUAGUACAGUUGCCACCUAUUCAUGCAACGAGGGAUUUCUGUUGCUAGGAAACAACGAGCAAAGAUGUAGUGGUGAUGGGAGCAGUGUUAAUGGCCUUUGGAGCGGUGGUUCAACUCCAGUUUGCACAGCUUUUUCGUGUCUCAAAUUAUCUCUCCCCAUAAGUGGAGUGAUAACCUAUUCUGAGAAUGCCAUGGGCUUUGUGAGUACAGCCACAUACAGCUGCAACUCUGGCUUUGGGCUGUCCGAGGGUGACACUGUAAGGAAAUGUGUUGGUGCAACUGGAAGCUCAGGGAAAUGGAAUGGGACUGCACCCUCUUGCCAAGCUGUACUAGAUGUGAGUGAACAGAGAGCUACUAUUGGAGGUGGCGUGAGUGGUAGCCUACUCAUCAUCAUCGCCAUAGUGGCUAUCUUGGUGAUAGUGCCUGCUCUGAUUGUCUACAAGCGUCGAAAAGGAAAGGAUGAUUUCCGCCCACAACGAUUUAACAACGACCCUGAACGUGUAGAUGAUAAUAGUUACGAGCCGGUGGUUGCCAAGUUGAACCCAGCAUAUAAUCACAUUCAAGCCGAGGGAAAUGUUAUGACAGUCGAGAAUCCAUUGUAUGGAGAAGAUUUACACGGUUACGAGAAUGUCACUGAGUAUAGUCAACACGAUCUUGACGAUGAUGGGUACGAUCCCAUUGACAAUGUUAAAGAAGAUUAUGGAGACAAGAAAAACUAUGGCCGCCCCAUUGAUAACAUUAAACAGUACUAUGAUGAGGUGGUUGACAGCUCUGAAGAGGAUUUUGAUGAUCCCAUGGAAAAUAAUGAUCAUGUUAGUGUUAUUGACAGUGAAGGUUACGAUGUGAUUGCUCGUCGUGAUUACGAGAACAGCAACCCAGUUUAUGCUGAUGACAUUACACUAAUUAACUAAAUACAUCACUGUGCAAGACCAGUUAGAACACACGCUUUAUAUAUAGGUAUGCUUGUUCGUGUACUAGAUCUACUUAACAUAGUAUAAAAAUUAAUAUACAAAACUGCGUCACUUUCCCCCCUCCACCCAAUUAAGAGAUUUUUGUUUUGUAUUUAUACAUAUCGUAUGGUUGUGUUUUUAUAAAUGUGUUAAUUAAUUAAGUUGAAUUGCCUUG